UCAAGCUGCUCCGAGGUCCAGUGUCUCUCAUGGGUCCCCAUGUACGGGUGCCCCCCCCCCUCCCAUUGCUGCUGUCUCCAUCGCCACACUCUGCCAUGUGGCGCACUCUUUCAGGUUCUCCACACACACUGCUGGUGUGUUCCAUUUUUUGUCCAAAUAGGGUGAUGGCAGAUUACGGGCCUCCCAUAGCUGCUGCCAGGCCCCUAAUCUGCCCAUGGGCCCCUAAAUACCAGCCUCCUCAUGCUGCUGCCAGGUCCACAGUCUCUCAUGGGUCCCUGUACGGCCUCCCAUUGCUGCUGUCUCCAUCGCCACACUCUGCCAUGUGCCACUUUCAGGUCUCCUCACACUGCUGGUGUGUUUCCAUUUUUUGU